AUGUCCACUUAUUCGAAUUCAUAUUACUCUAAAUAUAAUACUAACGCUGCUAGCGUAAGUUCCAGUAGCCAAAAUCCAUAUAACUCUAAAUAUAACUCUAACGCAGCUAGCGUAAAUCCAAGUAGCAAAAAUUCAUAUUACUCUAAAUAUAACCCUAACACAGCUAGCGUAAAUCCCAGUAAAAAUCCAUAUAUCUCUAAAUAUAUCUCUAACGCAGCUAGCGUAAACCCCAUUAACAAAAAUUCAUAUAACUCUAAAUAUAACUCUAACUCAGCUAGUGUAAAUCCAAGUAACAAAAUUUCAUAUAACUCUAAUGGAGUAAGCGUAAAUUCAAGUAGCAAAAACUCAUAUAACGAGGUGGUAAAUGAGAGAAAGCGGACAAUUGAGAAUCUUAUGUCAAAAUAUCGAAUGGGACCAUUCGUUACAUCUUCUCAUGAAUUUUACAUGGAGGACUUGGCAUUCAGAGACGUAAGAUGCUUAGAUGAUUUAAUUAAUAAUUUUGUCGAAAAAUCUCUGUCCCCUGGUUUAUCAAUCGAUGAAAAUAUGUUCGGACAAUUGCAAAUGGACUUUGAACAGGACCUUCAUCAAAAAUACACGUUGUUUUCUCUUUUCGAGGCUGAAACCGCUGGUGAAGAUUGGAAUGAUGUAUUUUCUAAUAAUAUCGAAAUUCCUGUAAAUUUUAUCUCAAACAAAAAACUUACUACUAAUCAUAGUCCUACCAAUGUGAAUUCAAUUUUUUGGGUUCCAAAAGGCGCAACAGAUUGUUCUACAAAACUUCCAUUUGAAUACGAAAGUUUCCUACUGAACUUCCCUUUCUUAGUGUGGUAUGAAUUUGUAAGGUUAUUCAAACCAUUUGGAAAGAUGCAUUAUUCUGUAAAUGUUUCAAACAAACUGAAGAAUUGUAAAACUGGUUCUGACUUUUAUGAUGCAUUUGAAUCAAUAUGCAAAGAAUAUUUAAUGGAUUCCUGUAGGAAUUAUAACGGUCAAGAACUAUGUAAACUUAUACCAUACAAUAAGUUAAUUUGGGAGAUAUCUGAAACAGAUAAAUCUGUAGGAAAACGUAAGCAUAUUUAUUAUUCUGCUGAUGUAACAAUGCGAAAUGGAAAAUUAGAAAUGGAACUGAACCCUCCUAGAACAUGCCUAUCCAAAAGGUAUUAUAGAAUGUUUUUUUCGGGAAGAUUUUUACACGUAAAGCUCAAUAAAGAAAUCGAUGUAGAAAAACUAGAUGAUAAGUUAAAAAAUCUUUUAUUACAACCUUUAGAAUUAGCUGGGAGAACAUAUGAGUUCUUGUACGCAAGGGAGGGAACCCUGUACUACUUUGCAACUUAUGGUUCAGGUCUCAAACCUGUAAAAAUUUGGGAGGCAAUUAAUUUGGAUGUUCCAAUAAAUUGUAAUCUUAAUAUUACAAUCGCUAAAUUUUAUAGUCGUGUUUCCUUAGGAUUUUCCGAUUCCACUCCUGCAAUUGUUUUUGAUCAUAAUCAAAUCCAAACACCAUUAUUUAUACAAGCAAGAAUAGGUGGUGCCAAAGGAAUCUGGUUUUUAGAUCCUAAAGUCAAAGAUCCAUAUGAACUUAGAAUUGAUUUACGUCAAUCUCAAACAAAAUAUAAAUUAGAUUUUACAAAAAAUAAUCAUCAUCUUAGAACUUUAGAUGUUGUUCGAAUUGUUAGAGCUCCAGAUCGUCCUGCUGCAUUGAAUGCUCAAUUGAUUAGAAUAUUAGAAAAUGGUGGUGUACCGGUUCAAGUUUUUAUUGAUAUGAUAAAAGAAAAUGUACAAAAAAUUAAAGAUAUGGUAGUUGGUCAAGACGAUCCAACUGUAUUGCGUGCUUGGAUUGCGAAAUCCGAAAAUAUAUUUCAUAGACGUAUUGAAGAACGAAUUAAUAAUAAUGAUUCGGAUGUAAAUGAUUAUGGUAGUAGUAUAAGUGAAGUUAGUACGAAUUCUGGAUUAGGUGGGGUCUCUUUAUCUGGUUUUCCCGAUAGUCCUUCUGAAAUUUGUAUAGAAAUGCUUGACGCUGGGUUUACUCCUUCGACAUGUCCUUUUUUGGCAAAAAAGUUAAAACAAUUACUCAAAGGACAACUAAAGGGUAUGGCUUCCAAAUUCCAUAUAGAAACUCCAUUAUCACGAUCCCUCAUAUGUGUCGCCGACCCAACCAACUCCUUAGAACAAGGUGAAAUUUUUAUUCAAUUAGAUGGUGAAGCUGGUUAUGAUGAAAGGGGAAUGCGUUUUGGAAUAAUUGAAGGUGAUGUGAUACUAUCUCGUAAUCCGUGUGUUCUCCCAUCGGAUAUACAAAAAGCUCGGGCUGUCAAUAAUCCAUUAUUAAGUAAAUAUUAUAAUGUUGUAAUUUUCCCUGUAAAAGCUCAAUCAAGAGAAGGUCCUUUAGCUGCAAAAUUAAGUGGUGGUGACUAUGAUGGUGAUAAAGUAUUUUGUUGUUGGGAUCCACGUAUAACUGAAUUUUUUGAAAACUCACCCGUUGCGGAAACUUUACCUGAGGUAGAAAAUUCAUUUGAAAAAUGUAGCGAGACAGUGACUGAAUAUUUGGCUCCUGCCAAAGGGAAUAUUGACCUUUGUGGCAAAAAAAUUCAACAACUAUUCCUUAAUGAAUAUUUUAGAGAUUUUUUAACACCCCGAGGGUUAUAUGAUUAUUAUCACAGAUUAUAUACAUCUCACCAUGGUUUAUCUGAUCCAACAUCUAUUUAUUUAGCACAAAUAGCUGCUAGAUUAUUAGAUGCUACAAAACAAGGUGAAACUCUUAAACGCUCUGUGCUCGAGUCAGAUAAAAAAUAUUCUAAAAUUCCAAUACCACCUUGGAUGGAUAAAAAUCAAACAAAUUCUAAUUUUAAAAGUGUAUGUAUUAUGGAUGACAUUAAACGAGCUGUUCAGGAGGAAAUAGCAUUUGUCAAUUCUCCCAAAUUUACUGUUGCUCCUGAUGCUCAACUAGAUGCACUUGACCACCAUAUUCAACAGUUCUGGUUACGUGAAUAUGCAGCAGCAAGUAACAUGGAUGAUGAUAGAUAUAAAAAAGAUUUGGAACAGAUUAUUAGUGUUACGGAUUCCAUUCUUCGAAAAUAUAAUAAUGAUGUUAGAGGAAUAUUAGGUGAAGAUGAAAAAAAGGGUGACCCUUUGUUUUUAAAUUCAAAUAAUCAAGAACCACUUCCAUCAUAUUCAGUUCAUUCAAAAAAUGCAAGAAUAAGAGCUGUAAGUUUUAAAUAUACAGAAGAAUUUACAAAUCUUCCACCCGCAUCAAGUUACCAAAGUGAUAUCUUAAAACAUGUCGAUAGAUCUGAUUUAAAUCAUGAUAUUACUUUAUUUGAAUUGAGAUUAAAAGCUGCUGCAUUAUAUAUACAAGCAUUUACAAAAAAUCCAGAAAGUGAAGGAUGUUGGAAAAUCGCAUUUAGAGUUUUGUGUGGUCUUAAAGCUAGAAUGCUUGAAAGUGAAAAAUCUGAUAUUGUAGGAGGGCCGAGAACAGUUGUUUACGAAGUAUGGCAGUCUCUAAAUGUAGAUAGACGAUGGAGGAAUAGAAGAAUAUAA